GUAUGAGGUGUCCUUGGAUAGCCUUUGAAGUCUAUUAUCUCAAUUGAGUGGUCUUUGUUCGAGGAGAGAAGGCUUAUCUUGCAAAAAUCGAGCUGGAACGAGCAAAGGUCUGUGAACUCGAGCUGUGAGAGUGCUGAGACUGUUUGGUCGAUAUCUCGAGUUUUACAAGUCCAAUUAAGGCGUGUGAGAUACCCACAGAAAGCUCUCAAGACGAGGAAUCCGUGAAGGUCUGGUUUGCAGGAAUCGGAGUUGUGGAAGGCUUCCAAAUCGUCCGAGCAAAACACAACCUCGCAGGAGAGGAUUUAAUCUUCUAAAGUGAGUUUUAACCCCAAAGCUUUACUUUUCAUUCUCCAAAUGAUAUGAACGAUUGGUGAGACUAUUAUACACUAAUCCAAGUGUAUAAUAUGUCCCUAAAAAGUUAUCUUAUUGAUGUAAAGGUUAGAUACUAACCUAGAUGCAAAUAUUGGAAAACUAGGAAUCGAGUUAGCCGGAAAACACCCGUUCUAGGGGCUGUUUUCGUAUCAACGAUUAAGGGUUGAACUAGCACUUUGAGGAGGCUGUUUAACACUCAUAUUUGAGCAAGGAAUCAGUCCCAAAUCCACCUUGACCAAAGAUUUGACCAUUGGACCAAGAAGGGAAAGUUUAAAGCUCAAUUGAGGUGAGGAUUGACAUCUAAUUGCUUACAACUUGUAGGUUAAGCAUGAGAUUACCUAAAUGCUUAAAUCAUGAUUUUUCAUGGAUUAUGAUGACUAUAUAUUGAUGAAAUAUUGAUAUAGUUGCCAAAGAAUGAAUUUGGAAUGAUUUGAGAAAGUAUGAAUAAUAUGAGAUUAAAUGAGUAUAAAUGAACUAUUUUGUGAAAAUGGGCAUUUUGCUCAUGUAUGAAUCAUGUGGAUACAUAAAUGAAUAUUUGUGUAUUGAGAUUGAAUACUUAAGUUGCUGCUACAUAAUUAUAAAUAUGUAGAGAAUUACAAACAAUGAGGAUAAUGGUACGAUAACAAUAAUCUUAAUAGUAUUGGAAUACUAGUUAGUGAUUAUUGGAACUUGUUGAUUAAAUUGAUCCUAGGGAUUGGAUUGUAUGAAAGGUACUUGAAUGUAGUUCAAGUGUAUAUGAUAACUUAGUAUGGAACUAAGGUUAAGUUAUGGGGAGUCUUUAAGGAUGACCCAUGGUAGUUUAAUGCUAUGUCAAUUCUAGGCAUAGGGUUGCUUGAGAAUUGGACCUUAAUGCAUGGUGAUGUGAUAGAGCCGAGCUCUAGAAUGCAUGUAAGGUGUAGACUUGGAGUCUAUGUAUUGUAUAGCUAGAGCCGAGCUCUAGGACUUGCGUGGUGAUGUGAUAGAGCCGAGCUCUAGAACGCAAGGUAGGGAAAUUGACCCGAGGUAUAUGAAUUGUAUGGUGAUGUGGUAGAGCCGAGCUCUAGAAUACAAUGUCAUGUACUAGGGUUGGACUCUAGGAGUUGUCGUGGCUUAUAGUCACGGGGUUGGGAAUGGUGAUUUCCAAAUGAAAACGGGCCCACGGGCCGACUACUUGACUUUUAUAUAAAGUAAGUAUAUUUUUAAACGGGGUAACUUAGGGUUACAAUCAUAAUGUACUAUCACCCUACUUGAGGGUCUUGUGUUUGAAAUACUUGUUGUAUAUCUAUUAGAUGCCUGCCACACCAGUACUUUAUAGCCGUAUAGAGUACUGACCCCUUCGGGGGCGUCCCACCACCAUUUCAGGUUGAGGCUAGAGCUUGCUUCCUGUGCUCGUUGAUCGAGUGAUUCCUUGGAGAGAAGACUUGGUUCGUGCUUCCUCCAUUCUGUUUUUAAAUAAUAUUAAACUUGCUCAUGGAUAUUUUACUUUAGAGCCUGCGUGCUCAUGUUUGCCCUGUGUGGCCCUUUUGUUUUAAACAAUGUUUUCCGCUGCGUAUUCAAUUGUUUAUUAUGUAUGUUUAUGGAUGACUUAUGUGUGAAUGAUAUUCAUGACGCCUUGUAUAAUAUGAAUGUGUUGGACUGCGGUUGACUAUUCGUAUCGUACGGCGGGUUGUUGACGUGUCCGGGGAGGUCCGGGGCGUGACAAUUAAGUUGGUAUCAGAGCCUUAGUCCAUAAACUUCAUAAUGAAGUCUCAAAAUUCUCUUUUUGAAAAGAUUUUGAAAACCAUGAGCAUGGAAGUUUUGUACUUGGAGAGCUUUUGGUACUUGGGUUGCAAGGUCUCUAAUUGUUAAGAUGGUACCCUUAGCAAUUGGUAUGGCGGUGACUCGAGCCAAAAUGUGUCUUAAGUACCUAUCCGUCAAUUGACAUUUGAUACGAGUCUAACGACUCCUUCCAAAUUUCUUUCAGAAAUGGACCGUGGUGGCAGGAUUACUAGGAGAAACCCGACGGGUCGUGUACCAGUGGAGACUGGACAGGGCAGUCGAAGGACCUCUAGGGCAUCUAGAGGAGCUGGCCGUGGAGGCCAAUCACAGACCGUGAGCGACGGUCAUGUCGACACGGAAAGUGAAACCUACUGGUCCUAUGAGGACUCGACCUAUCGACCGGAAACUGAACCGGUUGAGACCCCUUAUGAAGGGGAUGAUGAUGAUGUAAGUGAUGAGGAGGAAAAUGGCUCCUUAGCACGGAUUGAAGCACUACUUCAACAGUACCACCGUGAGCGUGAGGAGAGGAGGGAACGCCGA